AUGUUCCGAGAACCGGACGAGGCUGCGGUUGACCAAGCCGCCGCAAAACUCGAUCGACUCGCAGCUACAAGGCGCUCUACCAUCCGUCGCGAAUCAAGUCUGCGACCCGGCCGAACCCCCCUCUCGCGCUCCCUUAUCGAUCGCAUAAGAGACAGGCGAGAACAGGCAGAUGAGCCGAGGAAUUCUUCCCUAUCAUCUCGUCAACCGCGCGAUGACACCGAACGCGACAUUCACGAGCUGGAUGCGGAUCUGGGCCGUCUUCGCUCGGUGCGCAUGAGGCAGCGCGCCCGGGCAAACCAACUUGAACGUGAUAUGGCAAGGCGACCCGACAACAACAGUAACGACAACAAUAACCUCCUCGAUUUGAUGCAGCGAAUUGAGACAGAUGUUGACCUGUUGACCACCCUCCGGCCCACGUCGGCCAACGUGUCGUCUGCCAAUGACACGAAUUUAGAUUCGCGCAUCGAAAUCUUCUCGUCUGACACCCUUAACACCAUCGCGCGCCAUUUACCCCGUCCGUCGCGGGAAUCUGGGCUUCGAUUCGAAGUCGCCGCACCAGCUUCACAGCCUUAUUCGGAACAAUCACGUCGAACACGAUUACGUACGGCUGGCACCACGCGAGUCCCCAGCCCGUCGGCUCGCAGACGAUUGGGGACUGUCAGGUCUUCGUUAGCUCCUGCAAAUCAGGGGCCAACCGGCCUGGACGACGAUGUUGAGGUUGAUGUUGACGUCGAGACUGCCGACAACGCCACGCUCACUCCAGGGUUCGCUCCAGCCCGUGGUCCCUUUGGCACCGCCACUGUAGACCUUUUGGGGGCGGGACGGUCAAGCAGAACUGGACGCGAUAUGCUAGAUGGGUUCGUGGACACUGCGCCGCCGGAGACUUUCGAGUCGGCCUCGUAUCCACCGCUCCGACGGGUCAACCACGCAUCUCCACGUCCGGUCAUCGGGUCUGGCUCCAGGAUUGACGGGCUCGGUGAUCGCCUUCGAAGUCCGAGCCCAACUUCUGAUGCCCAUGAGGAGGAAAAUUGGGCCACGCUUCUGACCACCAUCGAACCAGGCCGGUCAAGCGCCGCGACGUCGUUCAUGUCUUCGCGGCCAGAAUCGCGGUCCGGCUCGAAUCGGUCGUCACAGGCCACCACUGUCGCAACCAGUUUCGGCGAGAUUGGCGGCGACGACACUUGCGAUCUCGAUCUUCCCUCGGGCAUCACCGAAGCAGAUGUGCGAGAGAUCCGUGCGCGACAUGGGCGCUUACGAACAGUUUCCUCGUUUCCACAGACGGAUGACUUGGUCCCCGAAGGCGUUCGGAGAGAUACUGAGGCUGGCCGAAGAAACGACAGGAUUUUGGAGUUGGAGGUGUUCAGCGUCAUCCUCGACCGAAUGCAGAGGAGAGAGGAGAUUCCUGACGAGUGGUGGGCCGCAGUUGGGCUCUCCCCGGAUGUGGUCCGAGGUAGUGCUUGA